AUGCAAUACUUCUCUUUCAUCUCGCUCGCCUUCACCGUUCUACUUACCUUCCAACACGCUGCCGCCAUCUGUCCGGGAUACAACUACGGGGUGGGUAGCGCCCAGGACCAGGGAAAGCUGGGCGACUCAAAGGUCACUCGUUGGAACAUCUACGACGAUGGCUGCAAAGUGGUCGACGGGUUAACGACGACCACGAACCCGUGUGACUCUGGGACGUUCUCUUGCACAGGAUCACCGGUCACGUUCAACGGAUACAAGAGCUCGUUUAAUGGACAGCAGUACGCCUGUCGCCCCGACGCGAACUCGGGUAAUUGUGGGGGAGACUCUAUUUCUGUCUGUUGUCGCAACAACGGUAGCUAA